UUACGUUUCUUGCAGUUGGCACAAUUGCAAGAUGGCGUCCGAGAAACCCGGGAGCAUUGAACAAGAACAAGAUCAAUCUUUAAGCGAUCUAGAGCAAACUUUAAUGAGUAUGGAAAAUCUGGAUAGAGCCUCUCCAGAAAUUUGGCCAGAGAAAUAUCCAGGAAUGACAGAUUUUGUCAACAGUUUCACACCACCAAGUGCUGUAAAGUUGCCUUACUCAAAGGAAUUGAAUCAGGACGAUCAGAAUUAUCUGCACCAAUUAGCAGCUUUGCCAACAGCUGGACUGAUUUCUAAAGUUAAGGAGUUGCAUGAUAUUGCAUAUCAAUUGGGUGUGGAGGAAUCAAAAGAAGUUACAAGGGGCAAAUACUUAAAUGUAUUUAAGCCAAGACAAAAGCAAAAAUGAUCUACAAGUAAUAACCUUACUAGAGGUGCCCCGUAACGUGUGGAUGUUAUAAAAUGUGAGAUGAAACAAAUUUUGUACAUAAGAAUAUAAGAAAGUGUAAAGUAAAGAAGUGCAUUUGGUUGUUUUUAUUAUUUAAAAAAGUACAAAUAUAUCAACAAAAAAUUGUUA